GGCGGGGUCUGCCGAUGACAGUCCUCUGAAACUUUAACUGUCGUGUUUUGAGACGCAACAGUGCACAUAAACGAGCCUUUUUUAUUACUAUUUUUUAUGCUCGAAAAAGAAACGACAUUUCCGAAAUUAGUCUUGCGAGUCGUAUAUCUGUUCUCUAGUCACAGUUUCAACAUAAGCGGGACAAUAUUAGGAGAGGUAUUUUGCUGACUAGGUUCUCCGUGUAGUUGACGCGGCUGAAAUGGGAGCGCGUGACGGGCGCUCGGUGUCUGCGGUUCACCGGAGCUCUUUCCUCCUGUGGACGCUGCUGCUCAUACUGUGGCUGACCUGCGUUCAGGGGACCUGGGGACCCGGAGUUUACAAAUAUCAGACCGGGACAGCACUUCACAAAGAUCAGUCCAAGAGGAACUGGUGUCCGCAGACAGUGACUAAAACAGUGACCUGUCAGGUGCAGAAUGGCACCACUCUCCAGAGAGUCUAUCAGACCUGCAGGUGGCCUCAGGGUUGCAAUGGAGGAAGCUAUCGCACUGUGGUCCGGCCAUCCUAUAAAGUCGUGUACCGCACCAUCACCUCUCUGGAGUGGAAAUGUUGUCCUGGAUACAGCGGAUCUCAGUGUGAGGAAGGAUCAUCAAGUAACCUGGUUGCCCAGGAGGCUGUAAGAAAACAGGCUACACUUCUGAAAGCUGCUUCUAAAACAGGAGAACAUAUCUCAAACUGUCUGAAUUGCAGUCGUAUCACAGCCCUCACAGAUCGUGUUAGCUCUCUGGAGGCCAAGGUGCAGCUUCUUACCGCCCCUGCCUCCACCUUUCAUCGACAGUCGCAGUUAAAAAAUGAACCUGACUCCUCCUUCCUGAUGGGGGCACCACCUGCCAAAGGUUCUCCUGGGGCCCAGGGUCCAGCAGGUCCACAGGGCGAGAGAGGCCAGAAUGGCUUACCUGGUAAAGAGGGUAAUCCAGGGUCUCGAGGUCUGCCAGGAUCCAAAGGUGAUGCGGGCAACAGAGGUCCAACUGGGACUCCAGGGUCUAAAGGAACAGCUGGUCUUCCAGGUCCGCAGGGACCACCGGGCCUCCCAGGAGAGAGGGGCCUCCCUGGGCCUCCCGGCCCUCCCGGACCACCAGCCCCUGUACCUGAACAAGAUGGCCUGAAAAAAGACAGUCUGCUUCAUAACAACUUCCCUGACCUCCGAGUGACCCCUUCACAUGGACCACCAGGUCCAGCUGGACCCACAGGUCCUCAAGGACCGAUGGGACCCAGUGGACCACCAGGCCCUAUGGGACAAACUGGAAAGCCGGGACCUCCUGGUUUGCAAGGCCCUGUGGGACCAAACGGCGAACGAGGCGAAAGAGGACCUCUUGGAUAUCCAGGAGAGAGAGGGUUCAAAGGAGAGCCGGGAGUGCCGGGACCUAAAGGAGAGCCGGGGGAGAAAGGUCUUCCGGACUUUAAUUUGAAGAAGUUCCAAGACUUGCAAGCUGACUUAGAGCUGCUGGCUCGCAGGGUGCAGCUGCUGGAGGCGAUCAUCUGGCCAGAACCAGAUCUAGGAUCAGGAGAUGGCUUCUUUGGCACAUCGUCUCCAGAUGCCUACCGGAUUAAGAGGGCAAGAAUGUCAUCUUUCCGACUCAGUUCUCCCUUAAUCACUGCUGAGACCAAGGUUCGAGGGAAGUAGUCUGCAUAUUCCAAAGAGCGAAGCCAUCGUUUCCAUCUCAAUUUCAACAUCCAUAAAUCAGCUUAACUGGCAACAACUACACAAGUCUCCUGAGACACACACAUUCUACAGAUCCAACCGCUUUGGAAUAUUCCGGAUAAUCAAGACGGGGGAGACACCUCAGGGAAGAACAAAUGGUGCUGUAUAAAUUAACCACCUCUAAUGGGACUCACGGGUUCCUAGCACCUCUCCUCUGGCAAAUCAUUGUGGUUUGCCUUCAUGUUGUGUUACACUUAUGGCAUAACCAACAGAAUUAGUCUCAGAAGAAAUUUGUCAACCUAUUGUAAGAUGCUCGUUUUACAUGAAAAGGAAACAUGUUUUAAAAUACAAUAUACAGAAACAGUAUUGGUGCUUGUACAACUAUUUAACAAAAUUUGGGGUAAGAAGGAUACAAAAUGUGAUGAAGAUGAAGAACGUUUUUAGUAGCAUCAAACCAUAUUAUUAGUCUUUCCAGCUGCUGUUAGGAGCUCAUAGUAAAUUCAGCAAAUGUACUGUAUGACAAAAAUGCACAUAAUGAUUCUGCUAUUCAGCCAAACGCCACACUUUCCACACUGAUAAAAAACUGAUUUCAUAUUCCGUUCCUUGGAUUAAAUGCACUAUAGAGAAUCACUUUGUUUUUUUAAGAGAAAGGACAACUUUAGGACAUAAACAUGUAUAGACAAUUCAAUUAUAAUAGAAUUAGUGAAAACAAAUUGUUUCAAUGUUUUGAAAAUCUUUUGUUAAAACAUGCCCUUGAGCAUGAUUUUAAGUGGUUCUGACUUCAAUUUUAGGAUUCUCCUCUAGUUCAGGACAACAAUUAAGUAACCUUAAAAUAAAAAAUGUGCAAUUGUGUGAGGAGAUUGAACCAUAACACAGACAAAACCCGACUGAAGCACAAGGGGGAAGUGGGGAAACUACUCGUAUAACUUGAAUUCUGUUUUGUAUUUCAUGCAUGUCUUUCCAUCACAUUUACAUGCACAUGCAUAGGACUGGUUUCCUUCCUCAAUACCUUUCCAUGUCUUUGUAUUCCCAUAUAAAUAUUGUUGUAUUAAUUAUUUAUAGAUUAGCAAUUGAUGUUUUCCUUAUUCUGUAUACUAAUCCAUGUAACGUCACCUGUAUUUUUCCAUUUCUAGCCUCUUUGUGUGGAUUUGUCUUGCCAGUGUGCAGUCUCUUAUCAAUUGGUGUUAAAACUAAAUAAACUUUGUAGUGUGUUUCUAUUUUUAAGACAAUCCAUGUUUUUAUCAAUACACAAUCCUACCUGAACGUUUAAUUUGUAAUAUUUUAAUGAAGGAUAUUCUGUAGCCAAGAAACCUUGACUAAAAUUCUGACACAUGCGCAUGACUCUCCUGGACUGACAGUCUGCUCAUGUGGAUUUAAUGACCGCAUAUCCGUGGAGAGGUUUCUUGGAACGUCCAUGUCUCAUCCAUUGGGACAGUUUGGUUGCUGUAUAGUGUUUUUCCAUUCUUUAAACUUUCAUCAUAAAAGCUGCCAACACCAUAAUAUAAACAUUAUUUUCCACACCACCCAUAAUCCACUGGAUUUUUUGUUGCACACCCAAAAGUCAUGAAGUAGUAAAUACACAGUAACAGUUCACCAUGCGGAUUGAUGCCUUGCUUAAAGUAAUAGUUCACCAAAAAAUGAAAAUGUACACACCCAUAAGCCGUCCAAGAUGUAGAUGA